AUGUCUUUCCAGGCAGUAGCUAUAGCCAGCUAUGCCUGCACAGAAGUCUUUGAGCAUGCCAGCUCCAAAAAGAUAAACUGUGAAAGCUGUAAGGAAAAUCUUACAGAAAAGCUGUAUUCAUCAAAUCCUUCACUGGAUACUCCAGCGCGGAUUAGCUGUCUUGCUACAACACCUCAAAUCUCAGUUUUGUCAGAUGAGUACUCAAGGCCAGCAGUGAUUGGGCAUGCAGGAAGCUUUGGAUCAUACCUAGAUAGUGCUGAAGCCAUCAAAGACCUUCUUUUGUCUGUUUUAAAUGCAUCUGGUUUGAAGCACUCGUUGCUGUCAGAGCAGACCACAAUGCAGAGAGCUCAACACCCAGACAGUGACCUGGAGCGCUGGGAGGAGAGCAGUGAUGGGGAUAACAAUGAUGACAGUGAUAGUGAUUCCACACCUUGCAGUACUGCUUACACACAAACGGAUAUCAGGUUUACAAGGCACCGAGCAUGCUGGGACAACGCACACUGUGACUCCUUUGAACCUCUUGUGGAUUCUUCAUUUUGCCCACAUUAUUCUGGCAAGGAUCCCACUACUUCUUCCUUGAACGGUUUUGCUCUUUCGGAGAUAUCCCCUCUGAAGAGGGACUGUUUUACCCAAGUGACGUUGACAGGAAGCACUGUCAUGUCAGCUGUUGUGUGUGCUGCAAAGGAACUAGAAAACUCUUUUGGUCACACUGAACGAGACUUGGCUUUUACAAGUUUUCUCCUGGAUUCAACAGUUAGUAAGUCAGUAGAUUCAUUAAAGUAUCAUGGUGCUUUAGAGACUGCAACUGGCAACAGCGAUAACUGUAAUUCUCCAUGUGGGUUUUCCCAGCCAGAGCCUUUGGAUCAACCAGGUUCUACUUCACCUUUGAAUAUAAAUGCUGUUCCCUUGAAUCGAUCUUUGCAGGAUACCUUUGUGCUUCCAGAAGAUGUGGAAAAGGAGAAUGCGCACUUCUUUGUUGCAGAUAUGAUUAUAGCAUCUCUGGAGAAGAUGAAGUGUAAUAUUCUAAGUCAGCAGGCAGAGUCCUGGGGUCUAGAGGAAACCAGUGGAUCAGAUGGCAGCUAUCACACUGAUUUGGAGUUUUCUUCCUAUCCAGGAGUCAAGAAAUCAGAUUCUUCUGUUGCCUCUUCAGACAGUGGUUAUGAAGGCUGUGCUAUCCUGAACGUCAGCCCCGCAGUACAUCUCCCAUUACAUCACGAGGCUACCAGAUUUCCAUGCCACAAUGACUCAGAUGAUGAAUAUGUAAUUAUUGAACUUGAAGACCUUGAAAGUCUGACUGUCUCCCCAGAUGGAAGAUCAUCUUGUGAACCGGGCUGUAAUUCAGCUGAAGCAACAGCUCAAGAGCUGUACAGAGCUUUCAGAAAACACUGGUUGCAGACAGAGGCUGCAGUUCAACUGUCUGGUUGCUUGAGCUCAUCAAAGCAGAGGGUGGUGCUGAAAGAAGAUAUUCCAAGAGAGCUGGAGUCCAGUUUGAAUCUGGCUGAAGAAAUAAAGAUUGUAUCUAAAUUAAGAGGAUCUUCUGGCUGGGCACCCCCAAGAUCUCAAAUUAUAUUUAAUAUUCACCCUUCAGUCAAGAGAGAUGUUGUGGUAGCUGCUCAAAACUUCACGUGUGUUGGUUGUGGAACCCCAGUAGAAAGCAAAUAUAUCAGAAGACUCCGCUAUUGCGAUUACCUGGGGAAAUACUUCUGUGACUGUUGCCAUAGCUAUGCCCAACCUUGCAUUCCUGCCCGAAUACUGAUGAAAUGGGACUUCAAAAAAUACUACGUGUGCAACUUUGCCAAACACCUCCUAGACAGCAUAUGGCAGAAUCCACUCUUCAAUGUGUCGUGCAUCAACAAAGCCCUCUACACAAAAACAAAAGAAAUGGACAGGGUGAGGGAGACACAAGAACAGCUUUUUCAUUUAAAAAAGCUAUUGAAAACCUGCAGGUUUGGAGAAAGGGUACUGAAAGAAUUUGAAAAGAUCCCAAACCAUCUGACUGAGGAGCUGCAGCUCUUCUCACUAGAUGACCUGGUGAAGAUUAAACGAGGGCAGCUAUUGCCUCUUCUUAAAGAUAUUUUGAAGAGCUCCAUCUCUCAUGUGGAUGGUUGUGAGCUCUGUCAAGCAAAAGGGUUUAUCUGUGAAUUCUGUCAGAGUGCGGAUCUAGUCUUCCCUUUUCAGAUUGCCAAAUGCAAAAGGUGCACAGAGUGCAAAACGUGCUUUCACAAAGCAUGUUUCAAGUCUGGAGGCUGUCCCAAAUGUCUGCGGAUUGAAGCUCGGAGGAGGCUUUCAGAAGUGCCAUCGUUUGUGCCUGUGUGAAACUGGAUUCCUCCUGCAGUGACUGU